UUCCCUGGCGGGAGCAGCGAGCGUGUGUGUGUGAGUGUGUGGAAAAAAAGGAGAAGGACAGAGAGAGAGAGAGGUUUUUUCCUCUGGCCAAAGCAGAAUCGCAAAAGUUGGCACUAAAACAUCACACACUACUGACAAAUUUAAGCAAAAAGUUUAAAUAAAGGACCUCGUCCUUGUAUGAACACAUAGUCUAAUUCGUAUGGCUUCGGGCCCCAAUAAUAAUUUGGAACAAGACACUGUGCAAGAGAGUAAGAAAUCAGAGAUGGUUCGCGGGCGCAAUAAGCAAAAAGAAGAUAAGCAAGCAGCUGACCAUGAUGAGGAGGGAGUGAAGCCUCAGCAGGAGGAGACAUUCGCUGAAAUACAAGAUUAUGUGUCAGAUUGGAUGGCGAAGAAAUUUCAAUUGGGCAAAUUUGAGGAAAAAUUGAGAAAAGAUUUUGAAAUUGAUCCUGCAUCUAUUGUCCAGGGGCGCUGGCCACCUAAGAAGGUUCGUGAGGUGUAUUUGAGUUGGAAAAAGCACAACAGACAUCGUGAGCCCUAUGCCUUUUUGUUAAUGAGCCAGCUAAGGCGAUCCUUUAUGGGGGCUAUGCGGGCAUCCUGCUCGCAGGAGGUGGAUGCCGAAAAACACCGUACUACAUGUCUGGCAGAAGAAUUGAAAUCUCAGGCAGGGAAAGCUGGCAAGAGGUUGCAGACGACCGCAAUUGUGGAAGAGUCAUUGAGAAGGAAGAUACAAGAAUUGGAGACAGAAAUUCGAGAACAGUUGGCAGAAGCAGACAUGUUGCUAGAACACACUGGAAUGAGGCGAAGAGGAGCAGUCCCAGCGCGCCACUCUGAGGGGAGGAACCAACUCCUCCCACUACCACCGCCCCAUCAUGGGGGAGGGGGGCGUGGAGGGCAGCACAGCACCCGCCUCUAUCCGACACUGCACGGCUUGGACCCAGCAGCGCCACCUGCCAUGGUGGAGGCUUCUGGAAGUGCAGUGGACAUCUCUGACACUAUUGAGCUGGGAGGCAGUUUCAUCGCACACUAUCCGGCUAUUGGAGGUCUGUUUGAGCCAAUGAACAGCACCCCACCUGGCGGGUACCAACAGCCGACAGGGAGAGGCCCCUGCUUCCAACAAUCUACAGCUGAUGCUCAAGCCAGCAUGGGCCUAGCAACAGGGCCUGGCCUCUACACUUCAUAUGUGACCCACUACCAACAACCUGCUCAACCCCAGCAGGGCCAAUUUCAGCCACUGGCCACUGCUACAGCUCCCACUCCAACACCAUCCAUGCUGUUACCAGCGCCACCUGCAACCAAUCCCCAAUACCUGUCGCCCGAACAAGCCAACCUGCUGUCCCCGUGACUGACGCCCCAUCCACAUCUGAUGCAAGCCAGGGAGCGGCUGCUCCCGUAAUUAAGCCCAAGACCAAGAGGCGCAGGCCACCAGCAGAGGGAUGGGAUGUCUGGGAUGAAUCAGCUGAUGAGGCCCUCAUAUGC